AUGAUGGUGGUGGUGGUUGUGGUGACGGGAGCCCUUUACUUCAACUCCACCCUCUCCUUUUCAUCUCUGGCGCCCAUCCGACCCAAAUACAUACCAACCCUCAAAAUCCUUCCCCUCCUUUCCCCCUUCCCUACGUCCCCUCAUUUCCCUCGUGGGGCGGUGCUGGAAAGUCGGUGCCCCAGUUUUCUUACAUCAACCCCGCCCUGGAAGCUCUCUGGAACUCCCGAUGUCUUCCAGGAUCUUCCAGUCAACGCCACGGGCAAGGAUGGGAAGAAAUAUAAGAUUAUUUUAUAUUGGAAUGAGAUCUAUGGAAACAAAUACUUUGGCCUAGGUUACGGUCACACCCCCUUCGUCCUCGCCGGCUGCAGAGUGAACACCUGCCUGGCCACUGGUGACAGGCACAGGUACCCGCUGGAGGAGGUCGAUGCUGUUAUGUGGCACCUCAGAUCCAACGACAAGUCCCUCCCGAAGAAAAGGUACCCUCACACCUACUACGUAUUUUGGAUGAUGGAGUCAGCGUCCUACCCCUUUGCUGACCUCAGAGCCUACAGGGAUAAGUUUAAUCUGACUUUUACCUACAGAAGAGAUUCAGAUGCCUUCAAUCCGUAUGGACAGCUCUUCCUCCGGCGCCACCCCCUCCCCCUCCCUGCCAAGCCAAUCAACUAUGCCAAGGGGAAAACAAAGAUGGCUGCCUGGUUUGUUUCAAAUUGCCACACUAAAUCACGCAGGGAAGACUUUGUGAGCAGACUGAAGGCGUGGAUCAAGGUGGAUGUGUUUGGGGGAUGCGGAAAACUGAAGUGUGAGAGGAGCAACCAUGGACAGUGUUUGGAAAUGCUGGAAAAGGAUUACAAGUUUUAUUUUUCCUUCGAGAAUUCACUGUGCCAAGAUUACGUGACUGAGAAGUUCUUUAAUGCCAUGACUGUUAAUGUGAUUCCUGUCGUCUAUGGGUUUGGUAACUACUCAGCGAUCGCUCCCCCUCAUUCGUAUAUCAACGCCCUGGAUUUUCCUACCCCUCGUAAGCUUGCAGACUUCCUCCUCUACUUGGACGGAAAUGACACGGCUUACAAUGAGUACUUCUGGUGGAAACCAUACUACCACCAAACACACGACUGGGCGAAGAAAUCCAUGGCCUUCUGCGAGCUGUGCGAACGACUCCACGACGGCACCAGGAAGUCCUACGACCUGAAGAAGUGGUUCAUAGACGACUCUCACUGCAUGGGGUCCUAUGACGAGGCAGUUGGAAGAGGCAGAGCACGGGUAGCCAGGAGUGUCAUUGUUGGCGUGUGUGUCGGUAUUAUUGUGGCGUCCUUCCUAGUGUGCAUAUCGUGUCUCGUCUACGGUGUGUUUGUGUCAUCUCCCCAACAAACUAGAUUGGCGCGCUGUGAGGACUGUGUUGUCCCAGUGACGACCAACGCACCAUCUCUCCGUCAGCGCCUUCGUCAGGGUGGAUAAAUGAGUACGUUAUUUAUUUAUUAACUUAUUGUUGCUUUUUUCUGCAUGUUAAAAAUAUUACUUAUGAAAGGCUUGGUGUUGUUGUUAGUGUUGGUGAUGACCUUGGUGUGUGUUGAUGGUAAGAAACAGGUGUAUACAAAGGUAGUAAUUGUUGGUCAGGUGUGUGUGUGCGGUAACAGGUGUGUAAAUAGAGCAUUGUUUCAACAGGUGUGGAUUUGUAAGAUGACACACACGCACACACACAGACACACACACACACACACACACACACACUUUCUACUUAGAUAUUUUGAAUGAUUUUGCAUUUCUUUUUGUAUUUUUAAAUUCUUGCACUGUGAUAAAAUUUUCUACUAGUAAUAAAAUUUGAAAUACCUUUAAAAAAUCA